GAUGUAAUGUAAGCAAAGUCCAGGAAGAGGAAGAGGAAGUGGAAAGAGGGACUCAAUACUCAUUCAUUAAUGACUUAUUUCUAUCCUAGCCGGCCGAUACUAUCGCUUGGCUUACAUCAUUUUUCUUGUCUCCUCUUGUUUUGUAUACUAAUACUAUACUAUGAUGUGAUGCCAUUGCUAUUUGCUACCGCCACGCCCAGUUUCGCAUCGGUUAAUAAUUUUAGAAAUAGAAGGAAAGGAAGGAGCUACCUCACCCCUCACCCUCCUGGCCCCAACCAACCUUGUUUUUUAAAUUGUUCCAUGUCCUUUUAUGCGUCUGAGAUUAAUUAUACUCGAAAGUUGAAACAUCCAACUCAAACUGACACUCCAAGCCAGCAAAGCUGAUUUUAUUAGGAAUAUCCUGGAUCUGAUCUGCGAUCGAUCAUCUCCUUAGUUUCAUCCUAUUAUAUUAUUUCAUCUUUCAGUAUUAGCAACCGUUGCGCAAAAUGAGCGGAGCUGUUCUUGUUGCCGUCGCUGCUGCUAUCGGCAACUUCCUUCAAGGAUGGGAUAAUGCCACCAUUGCAGGAUCUAUUUUGUACAUAAAGAGGGAGUUUAACUUAGAAAGUGAACCCACAAUAGAAGGUCUAAUUGUGGCUAUGUCACUUAUUGGAGCCACUGUGGUAACUACAUGCUCCGGACCCCUAUCAGAUUUCCUAGGCCGACGUCCUAUGUUGAUCAUCUCCUCCGUCCUUUAUUUCCUUAGUUCUCUCGUCAUGCUAUGGUCUCCAAAUGUCUAUAUUCUUCUCUUUGCAAGGCUUUUAGAUGGAUUUGGCAUUGGUUUGGCUGUCACCUUGGUACCCCUUUACAUAUCCGAGACAGCUCCACCUGAGAUUAGGGGCUUACUCAAUACUCUUCCGCAGUUCACCGGUUCUGCUGGAAUGUUCCUUUCCUACUGUAUGGUGUUUGGCAUGUCACUCACCAAGGCCCCAAGCUGGAGACUCAUGUUGGGUGUUCUUUCAAUUCCCUCUAUCAUUUAUUUUGCACUCACACUAUUUUUCUUGCCUGAAUCUCCAAGAUGGCUUGUCAGUAAGGGCCGGAUGCUAGAGGCCAAGAAGGUUUUGCAACGACUUCGCGCCAAACAAGAUGUCGCUGGUGAGAUGGCUUUACUGGUCGAGGGUCUUGGAGUUGGGGGUGAUACCGCUAUAGAAGAGUACAUAAUUGGUCCAGCCGAUGAAUUCGAUGAUGCAGAGGAUCCAUCAGCCAGAAAAGAGCAGAUCAAAUUGUAUGGGUCAUCGCAAGGUCUAUCCUGGAUUGCCAAACCUGUUACUGGACAAAGUUCCAUUAGCCUCGUAUCUCGGAAGGGAAGCCUGGCAAAUCAAAGUGGUCUUAUGGACCCUUUAGUGAAGCUCUUUGGUAGUGUCCAUGAGAAGCUCCCAGAAACAGGAAGCAUGCGAAGCACACUUUUUCCACACUUUGGAAGCAUGUUUAGUGUUGGGGGAAAUCAACCUAGGAAUGAAGAUUGGGAUGAAGAAAGCAUUGCAAGAGAGGGUGAUGAUUAUGUCUCUGAUGCUGCUGCUGAUGAUUCUGAUGACAAUUUGCAGAGUCCAUUGAUCUCACGUCAAACAACAAGCCUGGAUAAGGACAUGCCUGCUCCCACCCAGGGUAGCAUGAGGCAAGGUAGUCUUUUGGAAGGAGAACCUUCUGGAAACACAGGGAUUGGUGGUGGAUGGCAGCUAGCAUGGAAAUGGUCUGAAAGAGAAGGCAUUUUCAAGAGAAUAUAUUUACACCAAGAAGGUGGUCCUGGAUCUAGACGCGGGUCUCUCAUUUCGCUUCCUGGGGGUGGUGAUGCACCAACACUAACAGAUGGUGAGAUUGUCCAGGCUGCCGCUCUGGUGAGUCAGCCAGCCCUUUAUAACAAGGAGCUUAUGCAUCAGCAGCCAGUUGGACCAGCUAUGAUCCAUCCAUCCGCGACAGCUGCAAAAGGGCCGAGUUGGAGUGACCUUUUUGAGCCUGGAGUGAAGCAUGCACUGAUUGUGGGGGUGGGGAUUCAAAUUCUUCAACAGUUCUCUGGUAUAAAUGGGGUGCUCUACUAUACACCUCAAAUUCUUGAGCAAGCAGGUGUUGGUUAUCUUCUUUCAAAUCUGGGACUUGGUUCUACUUCUGCGUCUCUUCUUAUUAGCAGUGUGACAACCUUGUUGAUGUUACCUUGUAUAGCUGUGGCCAUGAGGCUCAUGGAUAUAUCUGGCAGAAGGACCUUGCUACUGACUACAAUCCCUAUCUUGAUAGUAUCACUUCUCAUAUUAGUAGUGGGGAGUCUUGUGAAUUUAGACAGUACUGUGAAUGCUUUUAUCUCAACUUUGAGUGUUGUUGUCUACUUCUGUUGUUUCGUCAUGGGCUUUGGGCCAAUUCCCAAUAUCCUUUGUGCAGAGAUCUUCCCUACUCGAGUUCGUGGUCUCUGCAUAGCUACAUGUGCUCUUACAUUUUGGAUUGGGGACAUCAUAGUCACCUACACGCUCCCAGUUAUGCUUAAUUCUGUGGGCCUUGGUGGUGUUUUUGGUAUGUAUGCGGUUGUGUGCAUCUUAGCUUGGAUGUUUGUCUUCUUAAAAGUUCCUGAAACCAAGGGCAUGCCACUGGAAGUCAUCACUGAGUUCUUCUCUGUCGGGGCAAAGCAGGCUGAAGUUACCAAUAAUAGUUGAGUUUACAUUACGACCCAAUGGAUGCUCUUUUUGUUUUUAUAUAUAAAAUUGUUUUCAAUAUAUGGUUUUUCUGUUUUUUCCCCCAUUUUUUGCUCCUCUUUGGGCAUCUUCUCCCCAUUUGCAAUUAAGUGAGAAACUCCCACGAGACUCGUUAGUGUAUAAAAUUAUAAGCAUCUAUCACUUUCGGAUUUAA